UUAUAGUUUGCGAUCAGUGCAGUUGAUAAAUGGAGGAUUUGUGUUUGUCAAGGUAGUUUUGUUUACGCGUAAAUUUUCAUUCGGUAUCAACACAUCGUGCGUUUUGUGUGUGCUAAGAGGUAGAUGAAGGAUUUAAAAUGUCUCGCAACCAUAAAGACAAGUAUGAAAACUCCAACCCACGACGUACACAUACUUUUAUGUCUACGGAGGAUGCAAAUUCUGGAAAAAAAUCUUAUUGGCCAGAGUUGGAGAUAACAGGCAGUAUAAGAAAUUUAAGCCCAAAUUUAUGGCAACUAACUCAUCUAACAGCUUUGUAUCUCAAUGAUAAUAGUUUACAAAGGAUACCAUCUGAGAUUGGACGUUUAGUCAAUUUACGUGCUUUAGAUCUCAGUAGCAAUAAAUUACGCAGUUUACCAGCUGAAUUGGGGGACCUCAUCUAUCUCAGAGAAUUGUUAUUAAACCAAAAUUACCUCCGAGUGUUACCAUAUGAAUUAGGAAAAUUGUUUCAAUUACAAGUGCUUGGACUUCAAGGUAAUCCACUCAGCAAGGAAAUAUUGGCGUUGUAUGGAGAACCAUCAGGGACUCACAAGCUGCUAUCAUAUAUGCUGGACAAUUUACAAGGUAAGCUUUCUAAAACCAGAAUAUUAAUGAUUGAAUUCGUGUCCGCAAAGAUUGAUACGGUGAGUAAGCAAGUUUUACAGGAUGUAUAUAAUUUGAAAAAAUGUGAGGGAACAAUUACGUUUUUAAUCAAGUUAUUUCUAUCGUGUUUAAAUUUCUUGCGAUCUAGUUUAAAUUAUUUUAUUUUCUAUUGCCUUUCACGUUUAAGCUUUUACAUGUACAUUACUAUUAUCGAUUAUUCUUGA